AUGUCGAAAAAAGGAGCAGCUAAGAAGGGGAAGGUCGCGGCCGCAGAUGAGGAUCUCGAUGCGAUCUUGGCUGAGCUUGCCGUUGAGGACAAAGCACGGGCAGAGAAAGCAGGAACAAAGAAGGGCAAAGGAGGCAAGAAAGCUAAGGGUGCUGCUGUCAUGAAUGGUGGAGGAGACACAGUACUCAAUGGUGUGGAAGAAGCUCCAGUAGUUGACUGGCACAAAGAAAUAACGGCUAUGAAACCUAUCGAUGAGCAGUUUCCUGAUGGAAAGUAUCCUGUGGGACAAUGCGAAACGUACUAUCUUCCAGCAAUCAAGAGAAGAAAGCUCUGGAUGGGAUCUUUUGAAGAAAUGUAUCAGGAUUACCGGCGGUCGGCUGAAGCUCAUCGACAGGUUCGGAGCUAUGUGAAAUCCUGGGUAAAACCUGGAAUGACGAUGAUUGAAAUUUGUGAGCGUUUGGAGGCUGCUCAGCGCCACUUGAUAAAGGAAAAUGGGCUUGAAGCUGGUCUCGCUUUCCCUACUGGCUGUUCGCUGAAUCACGUUGCUGCUCACUAUACCCCAAAUAAUGGAGAUACAACUGUUUUACAGUAUGGCGAUGUUUGUAAGAUCGACUAUGGUGUACACGUACGUGGACGCCUCAUUGAUAGUGCGUUCACUCUUCAUUUUGAUCCACGUUAUGACAAUUUGGUGAAUGCGGUCAAGGAGGCAACAAACGCAGGAAUCCGAGAGGCUGGUAUAGAUGUGCGGUUGUGCGAUCUGGGAGAGACCAUCGAAGAGGUUAUGACAUCGCAUGAAGUGGAACUCGAUGGGCGUACCUACACUGUGAAGCCUAUUCGGAACUUGAACACAAUCCAUGCUGGAAAAACAGUACCGAUAGUGAAAGGUGGCGACCAGACGAAAAUGGAAGAAAACGAGGUGUAUGCGAUCGAAACAUUCGGAUCAACUGGUAAAGGAUAUGUGCACGACGAUAUGGAGUGUUCACAUUACAUGAAGAACUUCGAACUUUCAGAAGAGCACAUUCCGUUGAGACUUGCUCGUUCAAAAGCUCUUCUCAACACGAUUGAUCGCAACUUCGGAACUUUGGCGUUCUGCCGGCGGUGGGUUGACAGACUCGGAGAAAAUAAAUACCUCAUGGCAUUAAAGGACUUGUGUGAUAAGGGAAUUGUUGAUCCAUACCCACCACUUUGCGACGUGAAAGGCUGUUACACAGCUCAAUGGGAGCAUACUCUAGUGCUGCGCCCAACAUGCAAGGAGGUUCUGUCAAGAGGAGAUGACUACUGA